AUGUUGAGGCUGAUUUUACCUGAAAACUCAAACUGAGAAGCAGUAACACACUUAGAGCUCUUACUGCCACAGAACUCACCUGCAUCCAAGGCACAAGAAAGAAUGAGCUACCAUGGCAGCAACUAUCAGUUUGUAAAUGUGGACCCCACAUACCCAGGCUAUCCCCCAGAGCAUGUGAGAGCUGAGAAGAGACGAGCACGAAGGCGUCUGCUUCACAAAGAUGGCAGCUGUAACGUGUAUUUCAAGCACAUUUUUGGAGAAUGGGGGAGCUAUGUGGUCGACAUUUUCACCACCCUGGUGGACACCAAAUGGCGCCAUAUGUUUGUGAUAUUUUCUUUGUCUUAUAUUCUCUCCUGGUUGAUAUUUGGCUCUAUUUUUUGGCUAAUAGCCUUUCAUCAUGGGGAUCUCUUAAAUGACCCAGACAUCACACCUUGUGUUGACAACGUGCAUUCUUUCACAGCGGCUUUUUUAUUCUCCCUUGAGACUCAAACCACCAUAGGGUAUGGUUACCGAUGCGUCACUGAAGAGUGCUCAGUGGCAGUGCUCAUGGUGAUCCUUCAGUCCAUCCUAAGUUGCAUCAUAAAUACCUUCAUCAUUGGAGCUGCCUUGGCCAAGAUGGCAACUGCUCGAAAGAGAGCCCAAACCAUCCGAUUUAGCUACUUUGCACUCAUAGGUAUGAGAGAUGGGAAGCUAUGCCUCAUGUGGCGCAUUGGUGAUUUCCGACCCAACCAUGUGGUUGAAGGAACUGUGAGAGCCCAACUUCUCCGUUACACAGAAGACAGUGAAGGGAGGAUGACGAUGGCAUUCAAGGACCUCAAACUGGUCAAUGACCAGAUCAUCCUGGUGACUCCCGUAACUAUUGUUCAUGAAAUUGACCAUGAGAGUCCUCUGUAUGCCCUUGACCGCAAAGCAGUGGCCAAAGAUAACUUUGAGAUUUUGGUGACAUUUAUCUAUACUGGUGAUUCCACUGGGACAUCCCAUCAAUCUAGAAGUUCGUAUGUUCCCCGAGAAAUUCUUUGGGGUCAUAGGUUUAAUGAUGUUCUGGAAGUGAAAAGAAAGUAUUACAAAGUGAAUUGUUUGCAGUUUGAGGGAAGUGUAGAAGUCUAUGCCCCCUUUUGCAGUGCCAAACAACUGGACUGGAAAGACCAACAGCUCCUCAAUAUGGAAAAAGCACCACCUGUAGGAGGAUCUGGCACAUCAGACACCAAUGUCAGACAAAAGUCAUUUAGUGCAGUUGCCAUUGUGAGCAGCUGUGAAAACCCAGAGGAGACCACCACUUCUACCCUCAAUGAGUGUAAGGAAGCACCUUAUCAGAAAGCUGUCCUGACUUUAAAUAGGAUCUCUGUAGAAUCCCAGAUGUAG